GCUCCUCGUCUAUUAAUCUGGUAUCUAAAAAAAUGUUACCAUAGUAAGUUUUCUGACAAUGUUUUUGACAUUGUAAUGUCAAAUUACUUCAAUCAUUUUAUUUGAGUUUUUGUGAUUUUAAAUAUAUAUUACAAAGAUGCCAGCAGAAUGGCAUCAUCCUAAUCAUGUGAAAGCAUAUUAUGAUGCGAUUACCUCAAAAUUAGAAGACACCUGUUGGAACCCGCCAAGACCCGAUUCGACCAAGAAAUUAACCUACUUUAACAAUGUUUCCGAGCAUACCCGAGCAAAAGAAUACGAUUUGUAUUUUGCUUAUACGAAAAAAUACCCGUUGUGGGACCAACGAAAGAAUAAAGAAAAUAGAUUGUUUGUUCCCGAUGUAAGAGAAAAUAUUUUUCAACAGGAAAUAAAUAAACCAUUCCCUGUUGUUACUUCCAUGACAUAUGGAAGACCCUGUAGACCAGCGUAUGAUGCGUCUGAUCCACUUUAUCGACGAGUAAACGCUAUGGGAAACUUUAUGAGAAGAAGAGGUGUGAUGAGAGUCAAAGAGAGAAUGGCAACUUAA